CUUCCCUUUGCUCGGAUUAGUUGAAACCGAAAGUAAUCAGUUCGUUCCAUGGUGAAAAUGUUGAUGUGCGCUUUCUUAGAAAGAAAUGACAAAGCAUCAAUGUCCAUUAUAUUUCAGCGAACGUAAUAACAAGGCCUACAGCCUGUCCAUUGAAAACAAGCCUACAAAUAUCUACUGCCAUUUAACUGAUGACAUAUGUGGAGGUGGGGGAUGGACGCUGGUCAUAAAAAUGGACGGCUCAAAGGUUGAGUUUCUUUAUGAGAGCCAUUUAUGGUCCAAUAAGCAAUCUUUCGAUUUGACAGCCGGUCAAACCGGUUUUGAUAAACAACAAACCAAGUUGCCAAGUUACUGGGCGAUGCCUUUUGACAAACUGUGUGUUKGUAUGCAAGUCAAYGACGUCCUUAAAUGGACUGUUAUCCCACAUAAGGCUUCGUCUCUCUAUGACGUCAUUGCUGAUGGAMAAUAUCGGUCAACCRGCAUUGGUAAAGAUACAUGGAUGUCCCUGAUUGGUGGAGCCAGGCUGCAGAGCAAAUGUAACCAGGAAGGGUUCAAUKCUGGUGAGGCGUUACGAGUUCGUWUUGGUAUAAUUUCCAACAACAAAAAUGAUUGCGGCAAUGCCAAGAGUUUYAUUGGRUUUGGYGCCACYCAUCCUUUUUCUUGUGGCAAUAGCUGUUCGCAACAUCAUGGUGGUUUUAGGUGUACGGAAAGUACUCCUGCUUUUGGAUAUAUUAUGAUCCAAUGUGUAGAUCAAAUGAAAUCAUGUCAAGACAUUUGGAGUAAAACAAGCCAACGUGAAAACACGACCUACAGACUCUUCAUUGAUAACAAAACAACAGACAUUUACUGUCAUUUGACUGAUGACAUCUGUGGAGGUGGGGGAUGGACGCUGGCCAUGAAAAUCGACGGCUCAAAGGAUGAUUUUCGCUACAACGCGGUUUUAUGGACCAAUAAGGAAUCCUACAAUCUGACGGCCGGUCAAACCGGUUUUGAUAACAACCAAACCAAGAUGCCAAGUUACUGGGCGAUGCCUUUUGACAAACUGUGUAUCGGUUUGAAAGUUAAUGAUACCCUUAAAUGGACUGUUAUCCCAUAUAAGGCUUCAUCUCUCUAUGACGUCAUUGCUGAUGGAAAGUAUCGACCAACAAACAUCAGUAAAGCCAAAUGGUUGUCCCUGAUUGAUGGAGCCGGGCUGCAGGAAAAUUGUAACAAGGAAGGGUUUAAUACGGGUUACAAGCAGAGCGGUUAUCACCGCAUUGGCAUAAUUUCCAAUGAACAAAACAAUUGUAAUAGCGUUGACAGUUCUCUUGGGAUAGGAACGGCGAAGAAGAUCUAUGAUCACGAAAUUCCUUUUUCUUGUGGCAAUUUUUGUAAGCAUGGUACAUCAUGUAAAAGAACUGAAAUUACUGCCUUUGGUUAUAUCAUGAUACAGUAGAACUAUAUUGCCGCCUUAAAUCCUUGACGAGAUCAAAACCCAGUAUCACUUGUGGGCGAUCCAUUAGAAUUGUAUAUCGACUAACUAAAUCUUGUGCUUUCUCUUGUCUAGGUGUUACUACGUUACAUAGUUUGCUAACACAGUUGUGCAAAUUACUUAUAAUAAUGUUUAAUGCCAGCAAUUUUAGAAAGUAUUUUUCAUGUUUCCAUUCACGCGGGAAUGUUGAGAGAAUCGAGUGAUUCAAAACCUUUUCGAGUGUUCUGUCAACAAUCAAGUGUUCUGUUCUAACCAUGCUAACAGAGAAUGCGGAAAACACGGAAAAUAUCGGCUUCUUGAAAGCCAUGUUUCUAUACUCUCAAAGAAACACAAGUUGUUGUUGUUGUUGUUGUUGUUGUUUUUUGCAUAUUUCUGCAAAUCAGUACGCUUGCUAUA